AUGCCAAAAAGUGCUAGAAAUGUUAAAAGCAAAACACCGAGAGCCUCCAUUAGUGUUUUGGACUGGGAAUCAAAACUAUGCGAUCUCAAUUUAGAUGAUGAUGUAUGGAAAAUGUCGCUAUCUAUUCUUUCACCUUCACAAUUAAUAGAGAAUGAGAUUAUAUCAAUUUUAGCUGGUAGUAUUGUUAAUGGACAGCGACAAAGGUUCACGGUCAUAACUUAUGAAGAUGUUCUAAAUCAAAUUUCUACGCAGUGUAAAGUUAAAAAUCCAAAGGAUGCUCCUGAAUUUCAUGAGAUUUGUAAUGUUGCCAAAACUCUAAUUGACUCAGUCAACGAACUAAAUCCACAGACAAUAUCAAAAGUUUUGAAGUUUAUGUUCAACAACAUAAAAACUCAAGACGUCAAGCAGCAAUCACUAAAGAAGUCAAUUCCAAGGACUAAUCGGGCGGAAGAAACCAAAAAGAAAGAAAAUCCCAAAGAUAAAAAAUCUGGUGCUAAAACCACGAAAGCACAAGAGCCACCGGUUAACAAAGAAAAAAGUAAACUUUAUAAACGGGGAGAAGAAGUAUUGGAGGACAAAUACCUGGGUGAUGAACCGGAUAAUGGAAUUUGUCGAUAUAUUAUUCUUGUUAAUUUUGAAAAAUGUGGACUUUUAGAGGAGUUAUGUCGUCUUCAAAUAGACAUCCACAGUAUUAUACGUUUACAUGUACUUGAUCAAGAACAACUUGAAGUAUUAAUCACCAAGCAGAAGGCUGAAAAAAUGUGGGGUUCCAAAGGAUCUGAACAAGAUUUGGAACAAGUGAGAUCUGAAGAAGAAGCAUUAUUAUUGGCAGAAGAACAAUUAAAACAGUAUUGGCGUACAACCAGUAUUUUGAUGCGAGAUCAUGUUUAUGAUCGUUUAGGGAAUAUUGCCACGUUAGAUUAUAAUGUCAAAACAGAAUUACUUCCUGAUGACCUAAAUGGAGCGGAGAAUAGGGCAUCUUUUGGAGCCACAAUGUUUAAUGAAAUAUCUAGCAUUCUAUAUGAUCUGAUAGACUUUAGACGCCAGUGGAAAAAUUACUUAGAACAUAUAAAGGUUAUUCACUUACCUAUAUGCCCUCCCUUAUUGGAUGAAAAUAAUUCCUCAAGUGGUAGUCAACUGUUGAAAAUGUCUAAAUUAGCAAUCGGACUGCAUCCGGACAAUACUGAUAAAUCUGUACCGAGAUCCGAAGACAGUGGUGAUAAUUUAGCAGAAAACUUUGUUGACACAAGAUUUUAUCAAGAAAUUCUUCAAGGUUUGCCAACUGAAAGUACAAGUGUUGAGCUUAUACUUCAUGCUUUAUUAGAACAGGUUUCUGCUAAUGUAAAUGGAGUUUUACCAAAGACAGUAUUAAUUGACGAGAAAGCUAAAAAUGAAGGAUUCGAUCCACAUAUCGCUAGGAAUAUUGCGAACGAAGUAGACAAACUGUUCUUAACUGAAGAAGAGAGAACUAAAUUAAAUGAAGAAAUGCCGUUACACGUAAAAUUCAAAAAAUCCCCAUUGAGUACUUCACCAUUUGUUAUAUUCCAUCCAUAUGAUGAAAAUCGAUACAAAACAUUGUUCACAGCACAUAAUGUUCAAAAUAGUGAAGAGUUAUUGAACACUGAGUUGAAUUUAUACAGUCAGUUAUUUCCAAGCCUAUCUAACAACAUAUGUAAAGAAGACUUAAAUUUUGAAUGGAAACCAGAAUUACAAGUUGAUAAAGAGAAUGAAGAGAAAUCUGAAAACGAAGUGAUCGAUAAAAGUUUAAAACAAAUGAAAGAAGUGAGAUUCGAUCAACUUAUGCAGUUUGCUGAGAAGUUUGGAUUCACGCCAGAAGAGUUUAAGCAUUACUUUAGCAAACUUCAACUAGAAAGUUUACAGAUAUGGAAAGCAUAUUCAACAAGGAAACAGUUCAAACAAUCUUUGAAUACAAUUCAACCGCUAGAAUCUGCUCUGGAGACAUUAACAGAAAAUCAGAUCAGUCUUCCAAUGAACAAAAGUAAUGACCAACCUAAAAAUACAGCAAUAUCAUUCGAUGAUCCAUACUUGUUAUAUGAAAGUUUAUCAGUUUUAUUUUCCAAAAUUGAAUGUGAAAUAAAUAAAAUGCUGAAAUGUUCCCAUGAAGAUGAAACAACAUGUGAAAGGCCUCAACAUAAUUCAAUGCCUAAUUCUUUGUCAGCUCAUUCUUCAUCAUCAUUGAUGUCUGCGAAACAACGUAGCCGAUCAUUAUCAUCAGAGUCAUCUGCCAAUAGAAAGUCAUCAUUAUCAUCUAGACAGAGUAUACGAACAAGUUAUAAAGGAACUGAAUCUCAUACUACUCCCACUUCAAUAGAAGCUGGAUCUAGAUCUAAAUCAGUCAGUAGUAGACGGAGUUUAUCAGCAGUUCAUUUUGAUGUACCUAAUAGAUCGAAUAAAACCAUGAAUUUCGAAAAUAAAAAUCAAAAAAACAAAUUUAGCCGAUUAACUUUAUUUGCUCAAGAAUUGCAAGAAAUCUUAAAAGAACUUCAUAUAACCAACCAGAUAAUGGCUACAUCGGAUAGAGAAAAGAAUAAAAACACUUCGGAACAUCCAUUUGAAAUGUAUAAAGUACCACUGAAAAGUUCUAGUACACUUUUAGAUAAAUUUAGAAAUAUCCAUUUAAAUGAAUGGUCAGUGGAAGAAAAAUUAGAACCGAAUGUAUUAUUACAGAGACUACACUCUUUAAAUUAUGAAAAACCUUAUUUAGAUGUCUAUAAACGUUUGUAUGAUGAGAGUUUGUUUAUUGUAUCACAUCAUCCAUUCGAUCGAACAAUCCGUUCAAAUCAUUAUUCAUGGUGUAGCUGGUUUCAUGUGAAUAAAAUUGGAUUUAGACCAUAUUUACAAUUGAUUGAAGCGCAUAUUCGAAAUUGGACAAGAGAGCAGGAAGCAAUUUAUGAAGCAGCUAAACUAAGCGCUGAAAUACUACAAACUGAUGAGAUUGACAGAUUAUCUGAUCAACAGCCUCAUACAAAACAAGUUAGGAAAAAUUCUCCCAAAUCUCAAAAAGGUUCAAAAGCUAAACGUAAUCGUUCAACUAGUGGAUCAGAGUCAGAUGUUGCAACUGCUGCACAAAGUGACAUAAAAUCAUUACUGGGAGACCCAGAUGAUUUCAUUUUACCUGGAUCACUGAAAGCUAUACAAAGAGAGCAGGAACUGACUAAACUGAAGAAAGAUGCAGAAGAACGUCAAAAAGAAACAAAACGUGCCAGGUCAGCCAAAAAACGUACAGAAAAGGAAAUUUCUCCUACUGAAAAGAGGCCAUCUUCUGGUAAGCGUCAUAAAUCACCGCAUUCCAAGUCACCUGUUCAGAACAACAACCAGAAUGAUGAGUUGAUGCAAGCACAACAGAUUAAAACUAAUAGAACAAAUAGCGAAUUUUGGCCGUUCACCGGUUACGAUAUUCCGAACUUGCUACCACAUUUGACUGGAGAAGUUACUCAUAUGUUCCCAACUGAUGGAGGUACAAUUAAAACGCAGCGAAAUGAAAUUCCGACAGGUGAAGUCAAUUUACGAGUUAGCCUUAUCAAAGAUGGUCAUGUUUUUACCAUUCAUAAAAUUGACGGUCCACCUGAGCCGAACAUUCCAUAUGAAAAUUCUAAUGAAAUUAAAUUUAAUGAUCAAGAAAGUGAGCAUGUUGACGUAAAUGCAAAUUCAUGUGACGUUGUACAUGAGGAAUAUGAAGGAUUGAAGAAUUUUUUAUCACCCGAGUUAUUCAGUUCCAUUACAGCUUGCUUUUCUGAUGGCAUUUGUUUAUCUGUGUCUAGAGUCAAUAAAAUUUUUUCACAGUCCUAUCCAAAUUAUCAGAAAGAAUCUAAUCCUUUGAAUAAAUUAAGCAAAAACAGCUAUAAUGAUGAUAACACUAACAGUCGAAUUAGGAUAAAUUCUGUCAGUAUGAAUGACUACAAUGGAACUGGACAGAAUAAUCCAUAUCAACAUUUCAUACAUCUCUCCACACCUGAUGGCGCACAAGUAGCUGUUUAUCAUAGUGUUGAUGAAAUUUCAAAUUGUGUCACCGAAGAUAAUAUCCCUUCAAAAGAGGCAUUUAAUCGAGGAAGUAAAUGUAAUACAAACGACAACCAAAAUAAUGCAUUUCCAAAUUCACAUCAUAGUAUAAUGUUGAAGUUAUCGUCAGCCACUAAAUCUGUCAAUGAUAAUAUCAACACUAAUGACCCGAAGAAAACGUUUGAUAAAGAAUAUGAAGUAACACGUUUUAUCACCUCAGACGGUAUAGUGAUACAAGUUUUAAUGCCUGGUUGCACUUCAUCUGCUUCAUAUGCUAUCAAGAUUCUUUACCCUGACGGAGCAAUCAUGGAACGUGGUACAAUGGUUGCGGAAGAAUUAAGAAAAAGUGAAAAUCCUCAAUUUACAUUGAUCAAUUCACACGAACAAGAAGAAGAACAACAACAACACGAAAUUAACCCUCAUUCAGAAUUAGUUAUACCAAAUAUACUUCAAGCGAAUCCACUACAAUCAACAAAAUCUUCAUCUAAGAAAAAAAGUGCCAAGAAAAAAAAUGAAGAUAAAAAAUCCGAUGAUGAUGCUCGGAACGGGGCAGGCCCAGUUUCCAGUGACAUCACAAACAUCGUGACUCCAUCCAGUACGCCAAGAUCAACAACUAAUGAUCCAGAUGACAAUUUACCAUGGUUAAUUACUCUUUUGUCUGGUGAGCGGUUUUGGUUCAAACCAGAAAAACCAUUCACAAAUAUCGGUAAUUUAAUCGAAGAGACUUCAACAGCAAACGUGUCUGACAGUGUAUCCCAAGAAUCAGUGACGUUAGACAUACCAAGUACAAAACGUUCAGAUGAUGCAGCAAAAUAUGAAAUAUAUCCAAGUAAACCAAUGGAAUCUUUUCGAGCCUAUGAUCCAGCCACUGGAGAAACAUUGCAUACGCGUCCUGAAGAUAAUUUAAUUGCUGUUGAACCUCAUCCAGAUAGUCCAUUCAAGUUGAUAGUACAACAUGCAGACGGUACACGACUGACACAAAUCUUACUGGCAACUGAGAAACCUAAUGACGAAAACGAUUCUGCAGAUUUAAAUUCAAAUCUCAACAAACCACAAAUAUUUAUUCGUACAGAAUGUGAUGGAUUUCCUGCUGUAGUACUAAAUAAAUCAACUGGCGAGUUUGAAAUAUCUCUAUUUGGUAAAAGUCAGUUUUCGUCAACAUUUCAUUUCACUCCGAGAGGUCAUCACGUAUUACAGCAUUUUAAUGGUGGUCAAUUAAACAUAAAUCCAGAUAGUUCAGUAUAUUAUACCACCCAAUGUCUUGAAAUAAUCAAUCUCAAUGAACCAACUGUUUAUGAAAUGCGAUCUAAAGAUAUGGAAAGUUUGUUGGAGUGCACUGAUCCACACAAAAAUGUGUACACAGUUGACAACUGGGCAAAUUGUAAUGUGCUCUUAACUGUAGGUAAUAAAAAGCAGCCUAAUGAUGAUGAUGAUGGUGAUGAUGAUGGUUUAAAUUGUCAAACUGAUCAAACUAAUUCGAAUGAAACAAUAGCUGAAAACAAUCAACAAACGAACAAUUCACUCCACAAUACUUUACAGAACAAAGAGUAUGCGAACAAUGAUGAUGAAAUGGAGGAAUUGCAUAACAAAGAAGUUGUAAAUGAUGCUCAUUGUUUAUAUGAUGAACAUAUACCAAGGCUAUUUUAUUUUGAUCCAAAUAAAAAGGCAGCAAUUGAACUCAUACAUCAUGAAGAAUUUAAGUGUUUACUUCAAAGAGCUCAUAAUAUUCAAGCCCCACCUCGUCAUGUAAAGAAAUUUACAAUGGAAGAAAAAUUAGUGUAUAUGAAUGCAAAAAAUCAAAACAGCUCAACAUUAGAUAAUGCUUUUAUUGAAGGUUUAUACUUAAGAGAACCAAUUCAAAAUAAUCCAAAGAUCUUCGGUUUAACAAUGAUGAAGUCAAUAACUACCAAUGAAACAGGAAAAUACUACGUUCAAGAAAAUAUUAUUCCUGAAGGUUUGAGUAGUCGGGAUUUUCAAACUCUAACACAUUCAUCAAACUCAAAUGUGAAUUCAGAUAUUAGAAAAUUAGGUGAAAGAGCUGGUAAAGGUUUAGAUAUUAAUAUGCCAUCUUUGGAAUAUCUUGGUUUAAAAUUUCCAGAAACGAGCGUUACUCUUCUACCAACACAAAAAGGCAAGUCGUUGAAACGUGAGAAUCAGAAAUUUAACGCUUAUAAACAAUCUAUCCAUGCAAAUGUAAGACAAUUUACUGAAUUUCCAUUAAUUACAUCUGAAAUUAAACAAAGAUUUUUAGGUGUAUUAUGCGCUUACACAGAAUACUACCUCAAUCGUUUAAAUGAAUGGAGCAUUCAACAGCCUGCAAGGUUAUCAGAAAUUAUGCAAUCUGGACCGACAGUGAUCUUGGAUACUAUGCCAACAAUAUCACGUAUAUUAUCUACAGAUAAGCAGAUUUCAGAUAAAAUUGAAAGUGAGAAUUUGACAGAUGUGUCUAGUUCACCAAGUCAACAAACUAUUGUCAGUCAAGAAAUAUUGCAACCCACUAAAAUGUUUUCACCAGCUAGACAAUCAGCUUUCGAAGUAUUGCGUCAAGAGAUCGAAAAAGCAAUGAGAGACAGAGCAGCACUUAGAAGUACUCAUAUUCCUAACUACUUUCGGUCAAAGGAAGGAAUCGAAUUUCUGCUAUCACAAGUCCCUAAUGUGAAAAAAUUAUCUAAAUUAGUUCCAGAAUUAAAUAAUUCAACGAGUCAAGAUCGUAAACAAAAUGAGAAAUCGACCUCAACAGAACAAUCUUUUCCAAUUCUCUGUGAUUCUCCACCGAAUAUACCCAGUCCGUUAUUAAGAUCAAUAGAGAAUGAUAAUGAAUUGAUCAAAGAGAGAAUAACUGGAAAUACAAACAAUGAUUCUUUAACUAUGAAUAAAAUUAACAAAAUUGACAAGACUUCUAAGAAGCAAAUUAUCCAAAAUGUCGAUCAUCAAAUUCGAAUGAGAAUGUCAACUAGGGAAACAACAACAAAAAAAUGUUUUUAUUACUAUGAUAUUGACCAGUCACAAAUUGAAAUGAUUGGUGGACAUAAUACUCACGUACCAUUGGACGCUGUUGCCUUGGCUAAACAAAAACAACUUCGAGUACCAAAGUAUUUAUAUGCUAAAAGACCCAGCCUAUCAAAAUGCAGUGAUGGUGUAAAGGAGAUCAGUUAUGCCACAAGUUUCAAUAUGCAACAAGCACUUAUUGAAGAUCCUGUACGUCGUCGAGCUCUAUUCACAAGUAUUAUUGGCGGCCCACCAUUCGGUCAACUUUCACUUAGACGAAUGCGUGGUUUACGCCUAGCACCAAGUCGCGUCAAUGUUGGUGUACUACCGUACGGUGUAACCCGUAGGUUUUCAGUGAAGUUAGUCAACUGGGGUCCAGAAACAUCAUACUUCAGAAUUAAACAGUUGCCAAUUUACAGUGGGAUACGCGUCUUUUAUACACCAGGACCGAUUCCUGCAGGCUUAUGUCGUCGAUUAACAAUUGAAGUAUCGAAUCAACUUCAGAACCAACUGGAAUGUUGCUCAAAUCACCAACAGGUUGACGAUCAAGAACUACAACAGACAGAAAUCGAUGAUGAAUCAAAGAAAUGUUAUCAUUCAAAUAUUAAAUGGCAAAUCAACGAAUAUCCUGAGCAGAAUUCAAAAGAUAUGAACAAUGAUUGUGAUAUUGAUGAUGAUGGACUGAGAGAGAAAUUACGUUUCAAUAAUAAAAUCAUCACCUUUACGGAACAUCUACAAAUAGCUACUGACACACAUAUAAUGUAUUUAUUAAUUACAGGCCAUCGGAUUAAAAAUUCUAGUUCGAUACCAUCCGCAGUGCUCAAUUCUGGUGAAGAUAUCAUUAAACCCAAGUUUAUUGCACCUCUCAUGUCGUAGAAGUACACAAGAAUAUUACAGUUAAAUACCAGACUAAGCAAUAACUGCUUGUUGAUUUAUUAAUUAGGAACUACAUUAUUUAAUAAAAUUAUAUUCUG